CCAGAAAGCUCCAUCCGCAAGUGAAUGAAGAAGUCAAGGGCAGGAAGUGGCAGCGAAGGCAGCUCCACACCUUUCCGGUAUAUCGGCGCCGCGACCAGCUCGGCUUAAAGGAGAAAGGCUACUACCGGGGGAAAUUAAUCGAAAGUUGGGGGAAGAACUGAGGGGGGCGAGACGUGAACUUUCCUGGUUGAUUGCACAUGUCGCUGAGUCACCGAGGACUUGCUUGUCGAGGACCUCCGCAACCUGGAAGGUGAAGUUAAGCUUUGGCUGGAUUUGCGUUAGCCGCAGAAAGCUGCUUUUCUUAGCCGGUAGUGGUGACAGAGAGCCGGGGUGCAACCGGUCAAGAGGCGCGUCAGACGUUGCCCGAAGGGACUUCACCGCGGCGUUUAGUGAUCCAAUUUCCCCGUUUAAUACAUCGUAGCCUGGAAACUCUCCUGUUGGCUGAUUUCGUGUUCAAGAAUGCCCAUUGCGAAACAGCUGCUACCAAGUUUGUAGAGGAAACGAGGCAUGGUGUGAAAAGGCCCCACUCGCACACUGUCCUACUUUGAAUGUACACGUCCAUGCGCCUCACUGCAUAGUUUGACUCACCAUGAGAGUGUAUUUGUAAAAUCGUUCUUGGGAGUCAUGCUUUCACCAGUAAGCCUGUAAUUGAACCAAAGCUCCUCUAGAAUAAGCAAGAGUGCUCCUGCCUGAUUUUCUCAUUACCAGCAAGGUAUUUAUGCAUAAGAGUUGAAAAUGGGGAAGAUGCUCUCAAAGAUAUUUGGGAACAAGGAGAUGAGAAUAUUAAUGCUUGGACUUGAUGCCGCCGGAAAGACAACAAUCCUCUACAAACUGAAACUGGGACAGUCCGUCACCACGAUCCCCACCGUGGGCUUCAACGUGGAGACGGUCACCUACAAAAACGUCAAGUUCAACGUGUGGGAUGUCGGCGGCCAGGAUAAGAUUCGCCCCCUGUGGCGACACUACUACACAGGCACCCAGGGGCUCAUUUUUGUGGUGGAUUGCGCUGACCGGGAUCGCAUCGACGAGGCGCGGCAGGAACUCCACCGUAUCAUCAAUGACAGGGAGAUGAGGGAUGCCAUCAUCUUGAUAUUCGCCAAUAAGCAAGACCUUCCCGACGCCAUGAAGCCGCACGAAAUCCAAGAGAAGCUCGGAUUGACACGCAUCCGAGAUAGAAAUUGGUAUGUUCAACCCUCGUGCGCGACCACAGGUGAUGGACUCUAUGAAGGCCUGACUUGGCUAACCUCUAAUUACAAAUCUUAAUGAUUGAGUGCUGACUGUUUUAGGUCAAAACUAUCAUAAAGUUGCAAAGAACCUCUCCAAUGAGUAUGGUUAAGUAUAAAUUGAUUAGCCUCAUUUAUUUUUUAAUACUGCAAUUACCCCAUUACUAAUUGCUUUGGGAUGUUGGUUUAAAAGAAAUGCUUGUCCUGUGUAGCAGACAUUUAUCACGACGUUUUAGGGCUUGCUUAUUGAUUAUUCAACAAAUUGGUUCUUUUGUAGAAGCAACAAACACUUCACCAUCUUUGCCUGUCUUUUUUUUUUUUUUUCCUGUUUUAUAUAAUUUUUCCAAUGAUGCUCAAUUUCUCUGCAUUCUUAGGCUGGGCUUUAAUUUUUGCUUGUUUUCAGUUAAAGGGGAUCUUAAACGUUUGAUGGACUUUGACCCAGUACUAUGUUGAAUAGUACUUGUUGGAAAGAUAUUAAUUGCUGCAAAAUGAGAGAUUAACGCCAUUGCCAUCUGUCUUGACUUGAGAGAAGAAAUACUUCACAUUUCAUUAGCCCUCGCGCUCAAUUUCCCUUAUAUGGGCUGUAUAGUAAACCGAAGUGUCAUGUCUUGAUACCUACAUGUGCUAUUCAACAAAUGGGCCUCCAAUAACAUGCUUGUUUGGAACUUGGGAUGCAUUUUCUUUCCCCAAUUUUGAGGGAGGAAUCGUACGCUCUCCAAAGGAAUGUCCUUCAACUCCCAAGUUCUCGCAAUCUGAUAUUGAUUAGUCCCAGUAUUGGGACAUGAUCAUGAAAGCCUGUAUCUGUAGCAUGAAGUGCAGCAAACCUCCACCAGGGACCUUCUGUCAUUCGGUCAAAAGUGUUGCAGCUCCUGUUUUGAUCAGGGUGGGGUGCGGGAUCUAUGUACAGACCUUGUCAUUGUAAUGUCUUAUUAAAAAAGUGAUUUGAAAUCUA